AUUAUGCUGACUGAUAGCUAGACAUUCAAUUACCAUUUUCACUAAAUAAAUUUUAUAAUAUAAAAACCAGGCAUGCGACGGGACACGGUAUGAGAUUGUUCAUAUACAUAUAUAUUAUAUAUAUUGGUAACAUAACCUACUAUUCACACAUUGUCCGCGAUCCGACGCAGUAGGAUUGCCUACGUGGUGGGUGGGUUUAAUGGCGUUUAAUUCGAUUUUUCCCAAUGAUACCUGACAACUCGACUCGAAUGCUCAAAAUAUGUUAUUCGACUUUAUACUUAUUAUCCUAUAAUACAACAUUAGACUUUCGACGUCGGAGGCGCAGGUGGAUUGUAUUGUCAGAUAUAGAUUUAGGAUACAGAUUUAGUUACGUGAUGUGAUGAUUAAUAGCUAGACACUCAACUACCAUUUUCGCUAAAUACAUUUUUUUAUAUACAAAAAGACAAGGCAUGCAAUGGGAAACAGUAUUACACUAUCGGUCAAAUUAAUGGAACUGUAUUUGCGGGUGUUCAAGCCGCUCAAAGUCAGCCAGAAACACUUCCGGGAGCUCACACGAGAGGCGGUUAUCGAGGAAUUGUCGCCCGGAGAGUGUUACGCAGUCGAGGCGGUGACAGCCUGCGAUCAACGACUGUCCAUUCUACUCAGAGGCAGGUGUAGUGUUACUUGCGAAGGUACACAGUUGCACAAUAUCAGUUCGUAUCAAUUUAUCGAUUCACCUGAAUGGAUGGCUUCAGCUCUAAUGCAUGGAGAAACUAUGUUUCAAGUAACGAUAACAGCUGCUGAAGAUUGUGUUUACUUGUGUUGGCAACUUUCGAAGCUCAAUCGAAUAUUUAAACACCGAACUCAAUUGCACGCUGUACUUACUAGCAUCAUAGGUAAAUCCAAACUAUUAUUUAUUCUUACUUAAAAAUAAAUAUCUAUU